AUGCAUUAUGGAGACGGUUAUGGGCCACCGCCCACAGCAUCGGACGUUUACACUGGAACGGGUACAGAUCCUGCAACCGCGUCUUUGGGUUACUUCGGUAUGGGAGCAUAUCCGCCUGUUGCUACUGCACCUCCGACAAUGCUUGCUGAUCCGCUCAACGAACGGAUGAAGCGAGAUAAAGAAGCUAUUUACAAUCAUCCGUUAUUUCCAUUAUUAUCGUGCCUUUUCGAAAAAUGUGAGUUGGCAACGUGUACCCCACGUGAUCAGAAUAGUCGUGAAGUUACGGCUGCGUCAAGUUCAUCAACAUCUUCAACGAAUGACGUUUGUUCCUCAGCGUCAUUUAAGGACGAUUUAACUGAUUUCGCCAAAAUGGUCCAAAGUGAGAAACCGUAUUAUGUCCCGAAUCCUGAAGUCGAUGCUUUGAUGUUGCAAUCAAUACAAGUCCUUCGAUUCCAUCUAUUAGAAUUAGAAAAGGUCAGUUAA